UCGGCCAAGAUGGCGGCGCCCAUGAAUCCUGGCUAAUGAAGGGCAGAACGGGAGCUGGGUAGCGGACGUUCCUCUGUGUCUGCACCCGUCUCGGGCUUUUGCAGGCACCAAUAAAGAGGGAGCGUGAACAACUGUUCUUGUUCUUUCGGUGGAUGGCCUGAGUCGCUAAGAGGAUAAUGGUGGCUUUAUACUACAGCAGUCCUUAUACUUUUUGAUAGGAACUUUUCUCCCGUACCUUCAGGAAAAAGCCAUGCAACAAGUGCCAUGCAAAUUUGCAUGUUUGUUCAGGUUCACCAAAGCAAGAGGAGUUACAUUUCAACAGUUAAACUUCCUCAAGCGAAUGUGAUUUCAGCUGUUGGUUGAACCUCACUAGUGAUGGGCCUUUAUGCCAAUGGCUUUGUUCCAACAAUGGAUCCAGCACUCCUUGUCGGGCCACACCAGCCCACCGGGGUCAGCCGCCUCCCCCCGUGCUGCUCCAGAAGCAACCACCCAUGGGAUUGCCCCCGUGGAACCCUGCUGUCCUCUCUCCCCUUCUUCUACAAGUAUAUUUCACAGAAUAACAAAAGGCUCCAACAGCAAGCAAAAUUGAAGGCAGAAUCAGCUGCAUCUCCUUUCCCUGAAAGGGAGCUGUUGGCCUCGGAAAAAAUGGCUAUCCGUGAUGUUUCACCUCUUCUGCCUCCGUCAUCUGAGAAACCAGUGAUAAAUGAAGGUCUAGAGUUGACUGCAGUCACUGGUGAUUUAGAAACUGUAGCAGAAACAUCGUCAAAGAAAGAGAAACAGUGGAAAGAGAUGAAACUAAACAUGAAUGAAUUACCAGGCAUUUUGGCCCGUCUAUCCAAAAUCAAACUUACAGGUAUUAUUGUUGUUUUUUAA